GUCGUGCCAAGCUUGUGCUCCGGUCUCGCCGGUGCUUCCUGCGAGAGGCUUCUACUGCGGACGGCACUGCCCCUGGCGCGACGCGAAAGCGCGUUCGAUGAUGAGGCACAAGGCCCGCUAAAUUGAGCGCAGCUCGAUAGAUUGCACAUAGCGGCUUCGGUGCCGCAGCGAGGUCUACCGGCUGUCUGCGCAGCCGUCAACAGCAGCAUCAGCCCCAUGCGCUGCCAGCUUCCUGCCGCGCAGCAUCGAGGUCCUUAGCCGGCGCGGCAACGUUCACCCUUGCCCUUCAUCCCUCACCACCGUCCUCGAGAUGUCCUUCUCCAGCGUCUCCGACUUAUCCAACACAAAGACACGAGGCCCACCGGCGCACGCGUCGGUGGGCCCUUACUCUUCUCACUCGUCGCCGUCGCCAUCGCAGCGCGGCGGAGCGACGCACUCUGGCGGUCCCCUGGACGACCCACAGCGUCCGCUGGCGCAUCUGGCAGCGCCUCACGCGUCCAUUUGGGGCGCACCUACGCUCGCGGCGCCGCGUCCAAAGGUACCGGGUGCGCCUGUCUCCGCACAUGAGCGUGCUGCGUUUGUGCAGCUGGGCGCAACAGCCCCGCACGAGAGACCGACGCCCUUCUUCUCGUCGGGCGUCGAUGACUUCAUCAACAUGCCUGGGGCGCGCUCGGGCUUCGCGCCGUCGCCUGGGCACGCUCAGUCCACCACCGGCGCCUCCUCGAGCUCGCAUUCGCACACGUUCUACGACGCGUCGCCGCGCUCCUCGCCCGGAAUUGCGAGCGCUGGCGCCAGCAGCGGCGCCGGCGGCCUGGCGGCGCUCGAGGCAUUCUUCGACCAGCCCUUUGCGCCGCGCUGGCAGGCGGCAGCGCUCGCAUGUCUGCGCUUCGGCGCCGAGGCUGCGCGGAGGAAGACGCUGGCAACGCGCGGAGACAGGUGAGCACAGGGGAGCGCCGCGUGGCGUAGAGCUGACUGUGUGUCAGACUCUUGAAACCGCAGCAUUCGCGCCCGACGCGUCCCUGAUGUGAGCGUCACUGCCUUGGCUGUAGGAGCGCGCUGACCUGGGUCUGCAGAGAGCGCGACGCACUCUUGGGUGCAUGGGCCAAGCCGCGG